AUGCAUGUUCUCACCGAGAAGCUGUUGUCUCGCCCGGAUAGCUUCCAAACAUUUCUCGAUCACUUCAUUCAGUCAUUGAGGAUGCAUCGUGGCGUCCGUGCGGUUACCAGUCAAUCGUGGCAUCUGCUUUUGGAGUCACCGCUUAAACCUCUGCUUGAAGAUGAAGGAAUGAUGUUGGAUCAAAGUACCUCCGGCAAUGAGUGUCUCGAGCUCCUAGCUUAUGUGGAUACUAUGCUUGACCCAGCAAUCAGCUCUAUAUACCGACAGACGGUCGAGGACUUGCAAAAAGCUUAUAAUGCGAGUCGCUCCCCUUUAUCAAACUUCUCCAGAAUUGGCCCAAUUAUUUCCUGGCCAGUCAUUAUCUCUCCAGAUUACAUAGAUCUACUUUCGGAGCUUCGACCAGAAGCACUUGCUAUUCUCUCCCACUUCGGAGCCCUUUUACACAUGCACAAUGAGAUGUGGACUUUUGGUAACAGUGGUCUAUAUAUCGUUUGCUCUAUCGACAAUUACCUUGGACCGGAGUGGGAGAGUUGGCUGCGCUGGCCGAAUACGUUCAUUCAAGAUGAGUGA